UGUGUUACUGGGUGGAGUUUGAAAUGACAGUGUACCUAAUAAAGUGGCAAAUGAGUGCGUUGAUUGUGGGUGGCGUAAAAUGUCUCCACAUGAGACUGUUACCUCUGACCUUUAAGCUCCUCCCUGCCCUUGUGCUCACCUUAAGGUGGACAUUAAAGCUUUGAGAGUGCCUCCCACUGAGGAGCUUCAUGUGAAGCACACACGCCGCCUUCAGCUGGUUAACCCCACCCGCCUGCUGCUCCUAGAGCUGUAAAACAAGUGCCUCUCUCCCACACAGUUUACCACAUACUUCUCUUUGCUUUCACUUCCCCCCCCAAGUCAACUUCCUCCUGCCUGCACUCGUCUGUCAGCACGCAAAACGGCUACAUGUUCUUCUGCAUAUUGUAGGGGCACUCUGAAGGGCUGCUGGAGCUUUUUAACCUCUCACUGACCUGCAGGAGCCACACUGACAGCUUUUAUCUCUGCAAGAUGAACAACAGUCAAAAAUAAUGAAGAAAAGCUUGAAAACACAGCUGCACAUCACUGAGUGAACAUCAGGAGGAUAACUGAGCUUCUCUGGUCUCGGAUCAGCUGUUUGGACCUGAUGGCAGAACCACAGAGGGGAGCUGAAGACCUGACUGAGAUGGAAACAAAGACUCCAGAGGAGUCUCCCAGCUGUUCCAGUUUAACCACUAAAGAGCUUCAGCAGAACUGGAGGGCGGUGAAGCAGCGAGAGCGACCCGUCAGGCUGCUGUUUGAAAUCCCCUCGACUCGGAUUGUUGAGCACACUGUGCAUAAAUAUGUGCUCUAUGAGGUCGUGGUGAUGCGCUCUGGCAGUUUCGAUUCCCGCCGUGUUUCGGUGGAGCGCCGCUACAGCGACUUCUCCCGUUUCCACCACCAACUGCUGGAGGAGUUUAACGAGGAGCUGGAGGAGGUGCUUCUGCCCCGCAAACUGCUGACGGGGAAUUUCUCCCCGGAGAGCAUCUCGGAGCGGCGCCUGGGGCUGCAGGACUACCUGGCGAAGCUGUACGCCACGCGCUGCGUCAGACACUGCCCUCACUUCUCAGCGUUCUUCACCGAGCAGGAGCAGCGGCGGGCCCACGGCCUGCUGCGGGCGGGGCAGUUCCGGGCGGCCCUAGAGCUGCUGCAAACAGUGCUGGACAUCCAGGAGAAGCUGUUACCGUGGCAGAAGCCCACCCUCCUCGUACCGACCCUCGCCGCCCUCGCUGUCUGCUACCGGGACCUGGACGAACCAGAGCGGGCGUUCCCCAUCGCUCAGAGAGCGCUACCUCCGGUGAGACGCUAUGGACUGAAGCGUUACAGACCGCCACUGCUGGAGCUGUUGGUGGACCUGGGAUACCAGCUGGGCCGUCCUGUGGCUCAGCUGCAAGAGGAGCUGACAGCUCUGAGAGACGCCGAGCGUGGAGAGGCGUCCUCCUGCUCCCUUAAGGAGGUGGUGAUCCAGGAGUUCAUCUGAGGAGGAGGAGGCUGAGACCAGAGCUGACAGAGAGAGAGCAGAAGAGGAGGUGAGCGGAGAGGUCAGCCGUCAGCGGGGGGCGUAACACCACGCAAAUCUCUUGCAGUGAAUCAAAGU